CGCGGUUGGCAGGGAGCGAGGCUACCUUAAACCCAGCCCAAUGCCUGCUGCUGCGCCACUCUGCGCGCUGGAUGGAGAGCCUCAGUCAGGAGCCGCAGCCUCAGAGCUGGAGGAGCAACACUUCCGAGGGAGCGCUGCAGCUGCACGGCUACAGACACCUGUUCCCAGCCUGCCAGCCCAGCAGCCUCCAGCCGCCCCGGAAUCAGAGUGUCCCGCACCUGAAAACUUUCCGCCCUCCCACUGAGUGAUUCUCCCCGCAUCCCCCUCUCGCAGGAUUCGCGCUGAUGUAUGCAGCCUGUUAUACAGUAAAAACAGCGCAUGUGUUGCUCGGAGUCGGGAUCCAUACAUUCUGACGUAGUCUGUGCAUCUUAAAACAAAUGCACACAUCUUAAGGCAAAUGGAGAAACUACGGAUUUUUUGCCCUGCUUGCCAUUGGAUGGGCUGAAGACCUCAUCGCUUGCGGAAGAUGUGCGUUGAUAAAUAUGUCCAUGUGUGAGCAUAAAGUGUUGGCUUCUUAGACUAACAGAGCUUUGACCUUGAGCCGGCAGCACCCGAUAUUUAGUUUGAUUGAUGCACUGAAUGGAUUGAAGAGAGAUCAUCCCAGCCCUUUCUCCUCCUCUGCGAGUGAUCCAGUGGAUCCAGCCCCGUCUACCAUACCUGACCUGUUUCCCCGAGUCUCCGGCAACAUCCUCUUCAAUCUGUUUAUUCACCAUCGGGAAAGGCAGAGAGAUCUCAUGGCUCCCCUGGGGGAAGUUGGGAACUAUUUUGGUAUGCAGGAUGCAGUGUCUUUUGGGAAUGUACCCGUUUUGCCUGUGGAUAACCCUGUGCUGUUAAGUGACCACCUGGGUCAGUCUGAAGUAGGGGGGCUUCCCAGGGGCUCUGCUGUCACUGACUUGGAACACUUAAAAGGGAUUCACAGAAGGAGGCAGCUCUACUGCAGGACUGGAUUUCAUUUAGAGAUCUUUCCCAAUGGUACCAUCCAAGGGACAAGGCAAGAUCACAACAGAUUUGGAAUUCUGGAAUUUAUCAGUAUAGCGGUGGGUCUGGUCAGCAUUCGAGGUGUAGACAGUGGAUUGUACCUUGGAAUGAAUGAAAAGGGAGAACUGUAUGGGUCGGAAAAGUUGACCCAAGAGUGUGUUUUCAGAGAACAAUUUGAAGAGAACUGGUACAACACUUAUUCAUCAAACCUCUAUAAACACGUGGACACUGGACGUCGAUACUAUGUAGCAUUGAAUAAAGACGGGACACCGAGAGAAGGGAACAGGACUAAAAGGCAUCAAAAAUUUACACAUUUUUUACCUAGACCGGUGGUCCCAGAAAAAGUUCCUGAACUUUAUAGUCUAAGCCAAAGUUGACAAAGACGAUUCUUUCACUUGAGCCCUUAAUAUAUAUAUAUAUAACCACUAUAAAAGGUUUCACCCGGCGGGUUCUAAUUGAUUAGCCGUGUCAUCACAUCAGCUCCACUGUUGCCAAACUUUGUCGCAUGCAUAAUGUAUGAUGGAGGCUUGGAUGGGACAUGCUGAUUUUGUUCUGCACUUAAAGGUUUAUCCUCCUGGAGGAAAGGCUGUGCCCAGUCGCUUGAUUUACAAGUCAGAGAGCGUAAAAAAUAAUAACACUAAUAAUUAAUUUUGCUGAAAAAAAAGUGGGGGAAAAAAGAAGCUUAAUAGCAAGGAGGAAUGAGGCCUGAUGCAUGCUGGGAAAUAUACAUGCUUUUAAUUUUUUGAUCAGUUUUACUUCUUCGUAUAUCAGCCUAGCUGCCGUACUUUUGGUUCACCAGGAUUUUUGGGUUGGAGGCCUGCUCACGUGUAAGCGUAUUUUACAUGGAUGGGGUGCAGUCUUUAAUAUGAAAGAAAAAGACUUUUCAGUUAAUUGCUCUUUGGGCUGCCAUUGAGCUGUUGAGCAUAAAUCAAAGACCUCUUAGUAAAGAAAACAAAAAAGGAAAAAAAAAAAAAUCAAAACAAAAAAAAAAUUAUUUAUAGAAAUUCCAAAGGCAACAUUAUAUUUAUUUUAUAUAUUUAUUUAUUAUAUAGAGUUUAUUUUUAAUGAAAUAUGUACAGGCCAGAUAGGCAUUUUCGAAGCUUUAGGCUCUGUAAGCAUAAACUGUAAAAGGUUAUUAUGAACCUGUGGUAAAUUCACGCACGUUUAUAACUAAGGUGCAUGAAUUCAAUAAAACUCCCUUUUUAUUUUAUUUUUCUAUUCCUUCCAUUUUUUUUUGUAACCCUAAAGGUGUUUUGUGUCCACUAAUUUGUUUAAAUUAAAAAAAAAAAAAAGACAACAAAAAACACAUUUUUGACCUAGGGGCCUAUUAAAUAAAAUACAUGGUGAGUGACCACUAGAUGAUCCAAAAACCCUUAGUUUGAAGGGUUUUCAACAAAUGCACAGCACCGUUCAGGAUUUAUCAGUAGCUCCCUUGAAGAGUCUGAUGUUCUAAAAAGAAAACCGAGUGAGCGAUGUGCACCUAGGGGCAGGAUACAUCUGUGCACAGUAGAAGUUUGGUCUCCAUUUGCAAUCCCUAUCUGGUCGUAGUAUGAACGGGUCACAGCUGCCAGCGUAGAGGAACCAGCAAGACGUUGUCGGUGUCCUCAAUGCCGGAAGAUAUUAGGAUAAACCAGGGCUAUACAACCUAAUAUGCUUUGGUUCUACUUGUUCUGCAUCUUCAGCUGGCCUUUGGUAGGAAAUUGGUGAUGGGAAUUGCCAUACUUUUGUAUAACGAUUCAACUGUUCGUUCUUGAAAAUAUAUACAAUUAUAUAACUUGUAGCUUGACCAACCAAAAAAAAAAAAUAUCAGACAAGCCAGCCUUUCAGCUUCUGUGCUGUGAUCUUCAAAAGUUUCCUUUUUUUUUAACAUUUGGCUUAUAGCAUUCCACAACGAAACCUACGUUUUACUAUAUAGGCAUAUAUAUAUAUUCUACCUGUUUUUAAGCAUAGUACAGAUCAAACGGCAAUGUAUUUGUUUCCAUUUUUGCAAAACUCAGCAGCACUCUAUCAUUUCAAAUGUGGUAUUUGAUAGUUACAGGCUCUCUAGAGUACACGUCACAGGUGCCUUAAAGCCCGGUGAAAUAGGACGUUAUUGGUGGAAUUGGCCCCAGUAUUCUAACUAGAAUGUUAAUUCAUGGUGGCUGUUAAAAGGUGAGACCCAAAUUAACAGAAUAACCUUUAUGUAACCUUGUAUGUUUGUGCACUUACUUAUGCAAGAAAAUACCGUUUCAAUGGGGUCAUUGUAACAUCUGCUAUGAAAAAAUGCUUUCAGCGUGAUCUGUCAUAAUACAUUAGCAUCCUUUUUGUUUUAUUUUCUUUUUUUUUUCCUCUCAUAACUUGCAAAAUGACUCUAAUAAAUCUUUACAAAUAACAAUGGGGAAGUAUUAUACUUUUUGUGUUUUUUUGUUUUUUUUCUUUUACCAUUUUUAAAUUUGUUUUUGUGCUUUCCACUGAAUCCUUCUGGGACAAGGUUGAAAUGUGUGGUACAUUUUUUUUGGGGGGGAAAAAAACAUCUGUAAUAUUUUUUAAGCAAUAAGCAUAGAAAUAAAUAUUUAUUUAAAAGUGUUCUGAAAUGUGUAAUCAGAAACUAGUCUUUCAUGCAAUUAGGAUGAAGAAAAAAAAAACCAGUGGUAUAUUAAUAAAGGAUAGUAAUAUACUUUUACCCAGGUAA